ACCGUUUAAAAAUCAUUCAAAAAUUAUUCAAAAUUGCUUGUUUAUUGUCACUUUUGUUUUUCCUGUCCAAAUAUUUCGGCUUGGGCGCAAUAUAUAGCUCCAAACUAGGCAUACAACCUCUGUAGGUUCAAUAGGAAAACGCUAUGGAAGAUUGAUCACCGAGUCGCUGGAAAGGAUUGUGGAGAACAGAGGGGCACGAUGGCACAGAAGGAUAUUACGUCGUAUUUGAAUUUGGAGCGAUUGAAGAAGACGCAGAAGCUCAUCCGACUUUAUCGAUCGAACGAGUGCCUCUGGAAUCCAAAGUCACCUGGUUUCCAUAGUGGUUCUGCGAAGGAUGACGCCUGGCGACAAAUCACCCGGCGGAUGAACUGCGGCCUGACUCCUGACCAGGUGGAGCUGCAGGUGCUCGGUCUGCGGCACUACUACUCCAAGGAAUUGGCCGCCAUCCGAAAUAGUCAAAUUGAGGGUUAUAGUUAUAGUCCAAGGUACUCCUACUUCGAGGACUUGCAUUUCUUGGGAAACUUGGAGGAGGAAGCUAACUGUCCCAUUAAGGAAGGACAUUUCCCACCCAAUUUUUCGGAGGACACAUUCAUAUCGCCUCUAGCUUUUUUAAGUCCCAGCUGCAGUGAAACCAGGUGCGGGUACACCUUCUACAAGAUGAUUCUAGAGCCUGAGCCACCAAAUGAAGAGUUCUUAGGUGUGCACCAUGAAAGAUCUACGUCCGGCAAUGAUCGGUGGUAUCCCACUGCGUACUGUGUUCGUUGCAAGCCAGAGGAAGACGAAGAUCCUUGUGAAGCGUGCGAGCUAAGAGGUCAAAGCAGUCGUCCUCAAUUCGGAAGUAAGAGCUCUUUAGAAGGCGGAGAAAGCGGCAGUACCAACCCAAGGAUGUCUAAUCGGUAUCAGGAACAGGAUCAGUCAAAUAAAUUCCAAAAAAGUGAUAGCAAACAGUAUCGAACUGGGAAACCAUGUUCAUGUCCCACGAAAGACAACCCAGAAAAGCGUUCAUCGCAAACGCAACAAAAUGAUGUGUACGUCGGUGCUGACAACUGGGAUGGUUACGAGUCCGUCGGCAAUGGUAUACGCAGCGAUAGAUGGCCAGGUCCCAGACUAUGUUCCCAAAAACGCGGAGAGUGGAAGCCCAGGUUCCGUAAAGUAAUCGGCGAGGACAAUCAGAAGUCGUGCUGCGACAGCUGGAAGCGAAAUAAUAAUGCCGUGUGCGGGAGACUUCUAGACCAGUUGGCCAAGCAACAGAAUCAACCCGGCAGUUACUCCGACGAUGGAGACUCCGUUCGGAAUCAAAGCUGCGGCUGUACGAAGAAUCGCCGCCAGUCAGGCGAGGAUCAGUUAAACGUAAUGCUGUUGCAGAAGAAGUAUAGGGAUCGGACUUUGUCGAACAAUGCAAACAAUCCUACCACCGAUCGACACAGCAACACUCAACCGAUUUCGGAUCAAACUUACUAUAACACCAGCCAUCCAGUUCCGAACUGUUGUUACUGCACUUAUAACCAAGUAAAUCAAGACGUUCAGCGCUGCAAUAUCCAUGGAUGCCAGUGCAUUUACUGCAAUCAAACUGUGCCUCCCGCCCACGGUAACUACUACCAACCGCAUCAUGUCGAUCAGAAUGCCAGGAACUAUUCUCGAUCAGCUCCACCAGACGCUCCAUAUGAUGAAACGGUUUACCUGAAUGACUACGGACGAUCUAUGUAUCCGGAGCCACAGCAUGUGUAUUGCAUCAAUGCGGAGGAUGCGCCCACAGAUGUGUGGGUACAGGCACAGUCCCCAGAUGCCUCUACUAACCCAUCCCAGAUGCCCAUGGCACCGCCUUCAAAGUCUUGGAAUCAGGAAAAGGCAACUCGGCCGCUUCAGCCAGCCAAAAAAGGCAAUGCCACAGCACCGCCACCUCAGGACCCAAUGAAGACAUAUUCUUCAAAAGCUAGUGCAUUAGAAAAGCAUGAGCAAUCUGGACAGAAUCUUAUCCCAACUGAGCAAACUAAAUCGAUGCCAGAGGAUUUUCAAUCAAAGACCGUGCAAAAAUCGAAUGAUCAAGGUGAACGAUCCAACUUAGGAAGAAGAUCCUACGGAUCCGAAAGUUCCAAUUACAACCAAGGAAGGAUUCAAAAUGAGGAACGAUCUCGCAGGGACGGUCCAGAUCGUCCUGACCAGAAGAAAUAUAUAUGUGAGGAUGAUAAUUGCCCAGUUAAUAAACGCCAUCAAAACGAGGAGCGUCCUUCAAAAAGGCGAUCUCGUAAAGAUGAUGAAGUUGGUAAUAACCAUAAUUCCAAUUAUGAAGAUUCACCUCCCCCACGACGAAGAAAAGACAAUGCCGAUGAAGCGAAAAAUCAAAAAGUUUUCCAACUUCAAACUGAUGACUCCCAGUUAAUGGCAUGUCCCGCGUAUGAUCGUCGUGAUCCUAAGGAAUGUCCCCAUUUAAAAUGUCCUAGUCCAAAACACCGAGAAGAAGGAGUAGCUCGGAACUCAAGAAAUCGCGACUACGAGGAGAAUAAUGAACGAACCUCCAAGUCUAGGAGGAGCAGUCCUUUGAGAAAUACUUACAAUGAAGAAGAGCAGCAGGCUCCCAGAGAAAGAUCCAGUAGUCAUGGCCGGGAGGAUAAUUUUAGGACAAAGAGAAAAUCAAAUGAAGAAACUAAAAGAUCCAAAAGAAGAUCCGAUGAAAUCUGCAAUGACGAAACGUGUCCAUUUGGAGUCUUUACAUCUAGGCAAAAUAAAUACCAAUCCGAACGUCGAACAAGAAAUAGUGGGGAAAAUGAGUACUCUAGACAUGGCAAUGGAACGAAUCCGCGUUCCAAAAGAAGAGAUAAUGAUAAUCCAUGCAAUAAUGACACUUGUCCAUAUGCCGAUUCCUUGGAAAUUAAUAUGGCCAGGUCGAGAAAACAUAGCGAUCGAUCUUAUUCUAAAGAGAAUGACGAGGAGGAAAAAAUAGCAAGGAGAUAUAGGAGUGAAUCCUCACCAAGAAGGCGAUCGCGGGAAAACGAUGAUUAUGAAGAUACCGCAAAAAGCUAUAGAAGAGAAAGCGAUAAGUAUAGGAAACCAAGAAGAGAAGAUCCUGACUAUGAUUCAGAUUACAAUGAAUAUGGACAGAGAAGAUAUAACAAUCGCUACAGUGAUAAUUAUCCUGAAUAUCGUACUUCUAUAGGAAAGCCAAACAAGUACUCCAAACGAGAGCACAGAAAUUCACCUUCUAGAUAUGCUGAAGGACCUCGUGAAGAUUACCGAACUGAAUACAAAUACAGAAACCAUGGAAAUACUUUAGAGGAUUGUUAUUGUGACGAUUUUGAAUCGGAUGAAUAUGAUGCCAAUAAUCCAUAUGAUGCCUAUCCUAGAAGGGAGAACGCUACCGUUCGAAAUCGAAAUGCUCCAAUGGAGUACAAUGGAAGAGAAUCUUCAAGAAGACCCAAACGGCCCUCGAAGUAUGAUAACUCGGAGAGCGAGGAUAUGCCUUACAAUAAGUCAGAGCGCAUAGAUACUAAUCGAAAUCGUAAUGCAGACAAUAUCACAACGAAAAGGAAUCCAUCCUAUUCCAGAGAAGCUGAUCUAUACGAUUCAGCAGAGGAUGACUGCUUCUGCAGCGAUGAAGAAAUCCCCCACGCAACAGCAAAUAGGAACUCUCGGUCGAGUAGAAAUGAUCGCAGGUCAUCAGGUCUUGCCAACAAUGGAAAACAAGAUAGAUCCAGAAGAUCCGAAACUACCGAAUCCCGAAGAAAUGAAUCAAGGAAUAGUGACAGGGCACCGGAAACUCGUCCUUCAAAUAGGGAUAUAAAAGAAAUACAAAAUCCUAAUAAUGCAUAUGAUAUAGACAUUAAAAAUAAAACGCACGACGUAGGUGAAUAUUCCAAGAACGACAACAGGAACGCUAAUCAUAACAGUAUCGUGAGCCCAGUCUCUGACGAUGAUUGUAUUUGCGACGUGGAAAGUGAUCCGAAAGAUCCCAAGUCAACUGUGCCGGAGAAACGAAAUCAGGCUGGCAGUAUAUGCAUAAAUCUAAGCACAUCAGUGGAAGACAAAGAACAUAAGAUGCAGUCAUUUGGAAAAGCCAAGAAAACUGCAGAACCAACGGUUAUGGUACCCAAAUCAUUAGAUGCCUCUAACAGAUUGAGGGAACAAAAGGAGGGCAAGACAAAGCUAGUAACCACCAGUGAAAACCAGUCGUCAUCCGCCAAGAAGAAUAUCCGCGCCAAAACUGGAAUAUCGCCCAGAGUGCAAUCGAGAUCCACCAGCCCCGUUCGCCAAACAGGAGCUACGAAGAUUCAGCCAGGAGAGCCGGUCAAGAGACGAACGACGACUAGAAGUCCUUCCCAGAACGCCGCCAAGAGAACAAUGGAAACUCAUGCAGCUGCCAACAGCAAGUUGCCCUUUGAUCUAAAUUCUGCCGCCUAUUUUAUUUGCAAGUUACAGGAUGAAGGUAACAACCAUCAGUACCUGCUUGUGGUGCCCAAGAAGCCGAUUGGAACACCCGAUGGCCACCGGAAGGCCCCAGGACAGGAGUCUGUGAAGCAGCUACACUGCCCAAGGCAGUGCUCCGGCUUUCAGAGCAUGUCCUGGGACGAUUCGGCGACCGCGACCCGAUCCCAGCCACCUCUGCAAUCCCAGGCGAGUGGUGGCCUUUCCAUACUGGGCUCCUUUAGGAUUCCACCAGUGCUGGCCAGCACAGCGCUGGGCAUCAUCAAAGAGCAUCUCCACAGGAACACCGUGCUUCAAAAGCCAGAUGCCAGAGAAAGAGAAGCAUUAUAUCCACCCAGAAGGAUGCGGCGCAUUCUUAUGACCAGACCGAUUUCAAGGCCAAGGAGACCAGUACUUCGUCCAUCCCACAAAGCUAAUGCUCCCAUUCUGAAGGAGAACAGAACCCUGCUGCUCACCAGCAAUCCCUUUCGAAACUUGAGCUUCAGCGAUCACAAUCGAGAAGUUAUUGUCCUGCAUCCGCCGGAUCCUGGCUUUCGGCCAUCGAAAAACUCCUUCAGCAAGGGCGAAGUGGAGGUGCAGCACAUCACAGUGCCCAACGAAGAUACCGUUGUGAAGCCCGUGCCACCCACGCCACCUACGAAACCCAAAAGGACAUCGGUGAUCAAUCCAUAGCUGUUAUGUCCUCACACAAACUCGCCCUCUCGUCAUAAAAAAAAAAAAACAGCACCCAACCGAAGCCGAAGGACUCAGCUGCCUUUUUUAUUCAAUGAGAGGAGUUUUGGCCAGGAGUUCAGGGGUGUCACGCUACACCGCCCACUGUGGUGGCUUCGCAGUUUCGGAAUCGUUCGGGGUUAGACCAAAACUUGAAGUACGCCUAUCAAUGAACUGUUGAGUAAUUAAUUUAUGAUCGUUUUUGAAAUCAUUGAGGCGUAGCCAAACGAUCUGAUGGCCAAUUGAAUCUGGGGAUCUGUGAAUAGUAGUGGGCUGGUUAUAAUUGGUAGAAAGGGUUAGAUGAGUAGCUCAUUUUGGAUUGAACACUUGGUUCACAAUCAAGCGAUGC